AUGACUGAAUCUGACAGCAGCGCAUCACCACCUGAUUAUGAUUCGUUAUUUGCUAAUGACAAUAAUCAUAUUGAUAACACCAUCUCAUCUACAACAAGUACACCCUUGCCACACAAUCGAAAAAUCUAUUUCACCUAUCCAGCCACCCAAAAUUCGUUUCAAAAAGGUUUCCUAGGAGUAGAAGAUGCUUCCAUUUGUGGAACACUUCAUCUUCGAUACUCGCUUGCACGACCUUUACUCGCCACGAAAAUAACGCUUGCGUUUACCGGAAAAUUGAAAAUAGAGUUUGAGCAAAGUCCCCUGAAUUUCAACUCCACUAGAUUAAAGAGCGAGAAAAUUUAUAAAGAUCAAACUAUAUAUUCCGAAACUCUUGAUCUUUGGUCGUCAGCAUUGCACGGAGAAUUUCAAGAAAUCGAUCGGCUUGAUUUACCAUUUCAAUUCGAUUUACCUGCAAAUUUAGAACCGACAAUCUCAUUAAAGCCUGAGAAUCAAUUUUAUAAUGUUUAUUAUACGUUGAAAGCGACGAUUCAUCAAAAACCAGAUUUUUGGAGACUACAAAGAAAAGUUAUCAAUUUAAAAAUUAAUUGCCCACUUGAUCGAUAUUCUAAACCACCAACACCCUGGCAAAUUGAUAAUUCUGCACAUUAUCUUUCAUCAUAUGACGACGAAGAAGCAAUAUCCCGUGGUAUAGGCUACGACCUUUCACUAGCGCAACGAAAAACGCCACUAAAUAGUAAAUUAAACGCGACGUUAAACCUGAUUUUCCACGACGCACGAAUCAAUUUAAAGAAAAUUUUAUGCAUUUUAGAAGAACGAUACGUUAUUGGCGCAGACGGGAUCACGAGCAAAUUAAAUAAACGCGAGGUGACGUGUGCGUCUGUCAAAGGUACUGCGAUUGCUAUUUUACCAGGGCUUAAGAAUGAAAGUUGUGUUCAGAUUGCUGUGGAGGUUCCCGGAAAAGAUAAAGUUUUUUGUUCGAUGAAGACAUCGAAUGUCCAAAUCAGGCAUUUUUUAAAGGUACUUUUGAAGUUGGGAAAUGCGGAUGACGUUGAACUAGAAACCGAAAUUAAAAUUAUAAAUCCUACGAUUAAUAUUAAUGCUAAUGCAACGAUUGACGAACAACUGCCAAGUUAUCAAGUCAUUUAA